CUCUCCCAUCAUAUUGCACUCCCUUCUGAGUCAGAACACCUGAAGUCAGACUGUCAUCGCUGCUUGUGUUACUGCCUCCGUGCGGCACCUGGGCCGGCACCUCCCUCACCGCGCCACGUGUCAUAACCAGCUUACUGAAAACGGCGCAGUGCCACAACGGGGGAGGGGGUCCCGGCCCUUCAAUUACAGAGAAUAAAUCAGUACUGGAUAUUUAAGAGUGAAAGUCUUUAUUUUUGCUUCACCAAGUCACGAAUGAAGCUGUAGGAGGAGGAGGGGCGGAUCAGCUGGAACAGCAGGUUUUGUGGCCUGGAGCAGCCAAGCCUGGAGGGAACCAUCCAAGUGUCUGCAUCUCCAGCAGGUUUUGAGCACUGUGAUGGACAUAAGACCACCAGGCUCUAAGGUGUUCAAUGACUCCAUCCAUGGACACAUUUGUUUGCACCCCCUGCUUGUGCGCAUCAUAAACACCCCGCAGUUUAACAGGCUGCGUAACCUCAAGCAACUGGGGGGCACAUACUUUGUGUACCCAGGAGCCAGCCACAACCGCUUUGAACACUCCAUCGGGGUGGCACACCUGGCUGGUCGGCUGGUCCGGGCCCUGAGAAAACAGCAACCAGAGCUGCACAUCAGCCCCAGGGACGAGCUGUGUGUGCAGAUCGCUGGUCUUUGCCAUGACCUGGGACACGGCCCCUUCUCUCAUAUGUUUGAUGGAACCUUUAUCCCAAAAACGCGCCCUGACUCGAACUGGAAGCAUGAGAAGGCCAGUGUGGAGAUGUUUAAACACAUGGUCAAGGUGAACAACUUGAAGGUGGACAUGGAGAAGUAUAAUCUGAAGCUGCCAGAGGACCUGGUGUUCAUCAUAGAGCAGAUUAAUGGACAGUUGAAGCCGGAUGAGCACCAGAAACUGGUUGAUGAUCUGACCAAGUCCCUGGGACUGGGUAACAAGUUGACCAAGUUCCUGGAUCUCUGUGAGAAGUCAACCAGGUUCCUGGAUCCGUGUGUGAUUUUAACCAAGUUCCUGGAUCUGUGUAACAAGUCACUCAAGUGCCAGGAACCUUGGCCAUACUACGGUCGCCCGGAAUCCAAGUCCUUCCUGUACGACAUAGUGGCGAAUAAAAGAAAUGGCAUCGAUGUGGACAAGAUGGAUUAUUUUGCGAGAGACUUUCACCACCUGGGCUUCAAGAAUGAUUUUGACUACAAACGCUUCCUGUCAUUUGCCCGUGUGUGUGACGUAGAUGGGACGAAGCAAAUCUGCACCAGAGAUAAAGAACUAGAAAAUCUCUAUGAAUUUUUUCAUGUUAGACACCGCCUCCAGGAAAGGGCUUGCUUUCACAAAAUGGUGUACAUCACUGAGACAAUGAUAGCAGAGGCUUUUGUAAAGGCUGAUGAGCAUAUCAAGAUCUCUGGCUCUGAUGGGAAGAUGUUUAAACUCUCCACUGCUAUCGAUGACAUGGAGGCCUACACCAAGCUGACAGACCAUGUGUUUGACAUGAUCCUGGACUCCACGGAUGAGAAACUUGGUGAGGCACAGAAGAUCCUGAAGAAAAUUGUUAACCGUGAACAGUACAAGUAUGUGACACAGAAGCACCUCAAAGACAAGGAGAUCAAGCAGGAGGAAUUUCAUAAGUGGUAUGAAAACAAAAAAACGUCUUCCAACCUUCAGGCAGAGGACAUCAUCAUCGGAGUAGUGAAGAUGGACUAUGGACAAGAGAAGAAGAACCCAAUCGAAGAAAUGCGAUUCUACAGCAAGGAUAACCCUGACGUUGGGAAACCAUUAGAUAAAGACAUGGUCUGUAAGCUUCUCCCUGAGACGUUUUCAGAGAAGAUAAUCCACGUCUACUGCAAAAAGACGGAUAAAGAGAGCCUGGAUGUGGCCAAGGAGUACUUUAAGGAGUGGUACGACACCAUUAAUAAGGGUUAAUCUGCAUGUCAGAGCAGCAUUUGCCAUGGAAGAGGAUGCAUUUAUUUUAUACUUCAUGUUUAUUCCCAGAAUCUUUCAUUUAUGUGCUGUAAUUGUUGUGAUGUCACACUGAAUCCAUUUAAUGUAACAGUUUUCAUAUUGGUGCAAUUUAGAACAUUUUUCUGUUAGAAUUAUCAUGCAUGUUGGUAUGUACUGCGGGUAUUUGCUGUUUAGUUUGGGAUGCUGUACAUUUGUUGUACCCAGUUAUCACUAUGUACCACAACCACAGUGUAUGAAAUACAGAUGGUUCUUGUUCAUAUCUGGAAGGUUCCUGCUACAGCAGUGAUGGUACACAUGAUUGUCCGAACAUCUACCAUGUUAAAUCUAGAUUAAAAACCUUCUUGUUUUGUGUGCAUUUGAUAAAUUUCCAUGGUUAACCAAUAUUGCAUUUUUUAUUCUUAAAAAUACUAGGUAUCAUUUCUUGCUGUUUUCCUUUAUGUAGCAGGUACUUUUGCUGUGGUGUGACAGUGAGAAUCAGACAGCAGGGUCAGUCAAUGUCCCGUGAUUAGCUGGGGCUAUGGGCCUUGCUCAGGAGCCCAUCUGUGAUAUGUUUCCUUUUCAGACAUGGGAUUAGAGCCACCAACCUUCUGGAUAUGGAGCCUUUUACCAUUUGAGAUACCCCCUGUCUUUUUCACUGUUAUUAUUUCAUGUUUAUCUAAAGCACUUCUAAAUACCAUUGAUUAUGAAAGGUGUGAUAAACCUCAACUUGUCUUGCUUCGAUUUUAUUCUCUGACUUGUUCUUCUUGUUUAUCAGAAGUCAUAAUGUUUUUUGGAAAAUGUGGGUGAAAGAAUUUGCAUGUACUUUCUCAGGAUAUAACAUUAUGGAUAGAAAAUUAUUAAUAAACUCUACGUUAAUGGUG